UCACUCUUGUUGGUCUGAGCUGAAACAAACAUGUGGUUCCUGCUCGUCUUCAUCGCUCACACUGAGCUGCUGUUGAUCUCACACGUGCACGGCAAGAUACAGCAGCGCGCAGGUAUGCGGCUGAUUCUGCGCGGUGAACAGGAUCCAUGUCACGGUCACGUUGAAAUCUUAUACAAGAACGCGUGGGGCAUCGUCGGGGAUCAGGACUGGAACAGAGCCACGGAGGAAGUGGUGUGCAGAAGCACUCAAUGUGGGAGUCCAGUGGAGGGCGCCACAGAGGACGUGCCAAAGCCGCCCGGGGACGUGUGGCUCAACGAAGUGAAAUGCAACGGGACCGAGAACCAUUUGUUUGACUGCGAUUAUCCCGGUCUAGGAGUCAGCCACUACUUCAAGGAUACGGUGAAGAAAAUCAAAUGCUCACUUGUAGAUAAAAUCAAAAUCACCCUGGACGGGUUUAAAUGUGCCGGAGCUCUUAAGUUCUCAGUCGACGGGAAAAAACAGCCAGGCUACUUUUGUGCUGAAAACUUGGGUAAAGAAGAAGCGGAUUCUGUGUGCAAAAGCCUCGACUGUGGCAAAUCUAAGGAGAUAUCUGUGCACAACUGGAUGAUCUGGAAGGAGUUUAGAACGUCCAGGAAGAUGAAGCUGGACUGUGGAAACAUUCAGUCUCUGAAUAAUCUGUGGCAGUGUGUGACUCAGGAGUUGACCGAGUGCAAACAUCCUGCUUCUGUAAUGUGCACAGGUUAUGAGCGACUGCAGCUCAGAGGAAACACACAGAGUGUGUGUUCUGGGCAGCUGGAAAUGGAGGAACAAGAAAAAUGGGUUCCUUUUAAAAACAAUAAAAGCAGUCCUGAUGUUUGGUGUCGGCAGAUGAACUGUGGUUCUUCACUCAGUCUCAAUGGGACACAGCUGACAUGCUCAGACAGCGUCAGAGUGGUUCUGAUGGACCGCGGUAAAGCCAGCAGAUGUUACGGCACCGUUCACAUGGACGUGAACAGAGCUACGUACUCUGUGUGCGCCUCCACGUGGACCAUGAAAGAAGCCGAGGUGACCUGCAGAGAGCUGGGCUGUGGCAAAGUGAUCAGUUACGAGAAAAAGUCUGCGGGACAAGGAAUAAUGGACAACGUCCGCUGUUUAGGCAGCGAGUCGUCACUGUGGCACUGUCAGGCCAUACAUGACCAAGGCAUGAAAUGUUCCACCGCGGCUUAUGUCGUCUGCGCAGGAAGUUUAGACGUGAGACUGGUGGACGCUCCUGGAAAGUGUGCGGGCAGAGUGGAGGUCCUGUACGAGGGCAGUUGGAAACAAGUGUCCACAGAUCAGUGGACAGAUGACAACUCGGACACCGUCUGCAGACAAAUCAGCUGUGGACGGAGACAAAACAGCGACAGUCCUAAGCAACAGUUAGGCGGAAGCUCUGGGAAUUUUCUCACCCAGACAUUAAACUGCAGCAAAAACACUUCCAGCAUUUCUGAGUGUUUUACACAAACGUCUAAAAAAGCAUCUGGGACAGAAGCAGUGAGGAUAACCUGUGACCAGCACAAGGUGUUGAUUCUGAAGGGAGACGAUAAUUCCUGCUCUGGUUUGGUGGGGAUAGAGAGCGGCAAUGCCACCUACUGGCUGUCCGGGUCCGCGACCACGUGGACCCAAGAGUCAGCGGACGCUGUUUGCAAGCAGGUGCAUUGUGGGAAGGCGAUAAACUUCUCGGCCUCGGUCGCGGCCGCUGACGUUCAGGUUUGGGAUCAAUCUUACAACUGCCCAUCCGACGCCGCGUCUCUGUUUGACUGCGGCGCUGCCGCAAAGUCACAUGACCACAAUGGCACCAUAGCAGCAGUCAUCUGCUCAGGAACGAUCACAGUGAACAUGACAAACGCGUGUUGGGGGACAGUGAGUGUGUGUCUGGACGGACGGUGUGGGGGUGUGUGUGCAGACUCGUGGACACACGCACACUCGGUGGAGCUGUGUCAAAGCCUCGGCUGCGGAGACACCAUCCUGGCUGCCAAGAGUCCACCUGGACAGGACCUCGUGAUGGUCAAGAGUUUGCACAAGACGAAACACACAACGAGUCUGAGACACUGCAGCUUCGUCAUGAACAGUGAACAACACGUGUGUCCACCUGCUUACGUUGUUUGUUCAGGCAGUGUCAAGCCCAGGUUUAGCGUCUCCAGAGACAAAUGUUCUGGAAACCUGGAGGUCUUCUCUGAAGGACAGUGGCUGCCCGUGUGUGCCGAUGCUCUUCAACAAAAACAGGCGCAGCACACCAUGUGUGAGGAGCUGCAGUGCGGCCGAGGGGUCAAUUUGAUUGAAUACUUUGGACGGGAACCGAAGGCAACUCACGUCAUUUCAAAAGUGCAGUGUUCCAAAACUGGCGUGAAGUCAUUAUCAGCAUGUAACAUCACUUCUACAAACACUCCCUGUUCUCUUGCUGGACUUAACUGCUCUGACUGGAGAAAGAUCAAGGCUAGCGAGACCUGCAGCGGAGCCGUAACUGUUCACUCCAAAGAAAGACAAAGUGCUGUCGCUGUCGACGGUUGGACAGGAGCUGAAGGAAAGAGGCUUUGUAAGGACUUAAACUGCGGCAGCUUCAAGUCAAAAAAGGUUUACAAAACAUCGCAGCAGCUUCCCUUCUGGAACAGAAGCUUCAGCUGUGGGACGGCCCCCGGAAAUAUCUGGGACUGUGAAAAACCGGCCUCGUCCUCACAGAAACAGCAGCUCUUUAUUCAAUGUGAAGAUGAGCCGAGUGUCACCCUGUCGGAGAAAUGCGACGGUUAUGUAACCCUAAAUGACAAGAAAGUGUGUUACAGUAACUGGAACUUAAAAUAUGCACACUUAGUUUGCCAAGAACAGAAAUGCGGCAACGCAAUCGAAAUCUCCUCCUCUGGCUUUGAGCCAUACUCUUACAACGGCUACCAUGUCCAAUGUGAUGACUUCCAUUAUAAACUUGGCCAGUGCAAGAGAGUCGAGGGAGUGUGUGACGCAGGCUUUGUGCGUGUUAGAUGUGUGGGUAGUGUAAAGUUCAACACGACUGAAAAAUGUGGAGGCAAGCUUUUAAUUAAUUCUAGAUAUGACUGGAAGGAAAUGUGUCCCCUGAAUCUUUCCAUGGCAUUCAUGGAAAAGCUGUGCCACGAGAUCGGCUGUGAUGGUUAUAACAACAGAAUACACAACAGAGAAUACACAAGAAUGUUGAAGUCUAGUCUUGAAUCGUAUCCCGGCACCCACCCAUAUGAGGACUUGGAGACGGCACUGGACUGCACCGACGACCACAACGACAUCAAGUACUGCGUUACUCAGAGGUCCUGUAAAGGAGUCAUACCCGCUCACAUCUACUGUAACGGGUAUAAGGACGACUCAGAUGAAAAUAAGAGAAAGAAUUCUCACAGCAUAGCACCCAUUAUCCUGGCUGUGGGACUAUGUUUGGCUCUGAUCAUCGUCAUCGUUAUAUUUAUACAAAUCUGCAUCCUGAAGAAAGUCAAGAAUUUCUGGAAAAAACCAGCCAGAACAGUUUCAAGAAAAGAAAUUCAGUUUGAAAGUGGUGACUAUGAAGAAGUCAGCAAAAAUGAUGACGUGGAAGAUUCAAGAGUCAGAUCCGAGGCUGAAGUCGCGGUCACAGAGAACGACCCUCACAGCUCGUCCUCAUUUCAUUACGAUGACAUCGAUGAAGCAGAGGAGGCUCAGCCUCUCACGUCUCAUCACACACAAGCAGACACGGUGACGUACGAGGUGGACGACUUGGGGGAAAACUAUGACGACAUUGAAGCGGCUCCUGAGAUCUCAAAGACCACAGCUGAAGUUCACCGCAGUCCCAACCCCUCAGGUGUAGGUGGCGCUGUGGCACCUCCAGGAACAGAGCAGGAGGAGGGAGAUUAUGUGUCGUCAGAAGACGACGAAGGGUGAGAAAAACACUGGGUAAAACCCAGCUCCCUUUCAGUCAGAACCAAAAUACAAAUACAAAAAAAUGCCUUUUCUGCAUCAGACGUUUUGUAAAGUGGUUAAAAUUAAAUGCGCAAAUACAAUUACAGCGUUCAUGAACGAAAAGAAAAGUAUUACCAAAAGCUAUUUUUAUACAGUUUGUAGUAAUACAUGUAUAAUGUAGAGUAAUGUAUAAGUUGUGAUUUCAUCUUUGUGUUUUUCUUUAAAAUGCAUCUGCUUUUGUCUUUC